UCCCUGCGCUGCGCUCUCUAAUCCUUUUUAUUGCCUCUUAAAGUAAGUCGUAUUUCCAGAUGAGUUUGUUGCUCGACCGAUUUCGAAAGAAGCUCGCGAACUGACGGGUAAAGCGCUGGUCGACUAUGUUAACGAAAAUCAGCAAUUUUUCAAGGCCGAAUAUUCACCAAAAGUUGCCCAAAGGCGCCUGGGAAGUUUGAUGAAGAAGGAAUAUCUUGAAGAUCCCAUUCAAAAAGAAGCGAUAGCGAGUGCAGAAGAGCCGGUCAUAAACGAUGGAAUCCCGGAAAGGUGGCUGUCACGACUCGCUGAUAAGCUGGUAUCAGACAAACGUUUCGAUGCACGAACAAAAUGGAACGAGUGUCCUUCAAUUACGCAAAUUCGUGAUCAGUCGAAUUGCGGAUCAUGCUGGGCUGUUUCAGCUGCAGAAACCAUGUCCGAUCGUCUCUGUAUUCAUUCAAAUGGUACAAUAAAGACGAUGAUUUCGGACACUGACCUCCUGUCAUGCUGUGGAUCAUCCUGCGGAUACGGUUUUGAACCUGUGCGAGCCAUACAAAUGAACAUCAUGAAAAGAGGACCUGUUCAAGCGGCAUUCACUGUUUAUGAAGAUUUUGCUCAUUACAAAAGUGGUGUCUAUGUGGUAAGUUUAUGUUUGUUCACUUCCGUACAGUCUUAG